CGUUGGGCUCGGUUGAGUGAGGGCUCUGGGGUUAGUUCCUGUUAGGCCCGGGCCAGCGGAGUAGGUUGAAGUCUCGUAAGAUGCCCGGUGGGCUGGGGCACCGGGAGCUGUGAAGAAGGCGUGAGGAGGCGACAAGGGAAGACCUCGGCAGGCCCGAACGAGAGCGGCGGCCGAGCCCGCCUUCCCUGCACCAUGCUCAUAGAGGAUGUGGAUGCCCUCAAGUCCUGGCUGGCCAAGUUACUGGAGCCGAUAUGUGAUGCUGACCCUUCAGCCUUAGCCAACUAUGUAGUAGCACUGGUCAAGAAGGACAAACCUGAGAAAGAAUUGAAAGCCUUUUGCGCUGAUCAGCUUGACGUCUUUUUACAAAAAGAAACUUCAGGUUUUGUGGAUAAACUAUUUGAAAGUCUCUAUACUAAGAACUACCUUUCACCUUUGGAACCAGUUAAGCUUGAGCCAAAACCACCAGUCCAAGAAAAAGAAGAAAUUAAAGAAGAGGUAUUUCAGGAGCCAGUGGAGGAAGAACGAGAAGGCAGAAAAAAGAAAUAUCCUAGUCCCCAGAAGACUCGUUCAGAAUCUAGUGAACGAAGAACAUGUGAGAAGAAAAGAGAAGAUGGCAAGUGGAGAGACUAUGACAGGUACUUUGAGCGAAAUGAAUUGUACCGUGAGAAGUAUGACUGGAGAAGGGGCAGGAGUAAGAGCCGAAGUAAGAGCCGAGGCCUAAGUCGAAGUCGAAGCCGAAGUAGGGGGCGUAGCAAAGACCGGGAUCCAAAUAGGAAUGUCGCAGAGCACAGGGAAAGAUCCAAGUUUAAGAGUGAAAGGAAUGACUUGGAGAGUUCAUAUGUUCCUGUGUCUGCACCACCUCCAAACUCUUCUGAGCAGUAUUCCUCUGGGGCACAGACUAUCCCCAGCACUGUUACUGUGAUCGCACCUGCGCACCACUCUGAAAACACAACGGAGAGUUGGUCCAAUUACUAUAACAAUCAUAGCUCUUCCAAUUCUUUCGGUCGAAACCCACCCCCAAAGAGGCGCUGCAGAGAUUAUGAUGAAAGAGGAUUUUGUGUACUUGGUGACCUUUGUCAGUUUGAUCAUGGAAAUGAUCCCUUGGUUGUUGAUGAAGUUGCUCUGCCAAGCAUGAUUCCUUUCCCUCCACCUCCUGGGCUUCCUCCUCCACCACCUCCUGGAAUGUUAAUGCCUCCAAUGCCAGGGCCAGGCCCUGGCCCUGGCCCUGGCCCUGGCCCUGGCCCUGGCCCAGGCCCAGGCCCAGGCCCAGGCCACAAUAUGAGACUUCCUGUUCCCCAAGGACAUGGCCAACCUCCACCUUCUGUUGUGCUUCCCAUACCAAGGCCACCCAUAACACAGUCAAGCUUAAUAAACAACCGUGACCAGCCUGGGACAAGUGCAGUGCCCAAUCUUGCACCAGUGGGAGCAAGACUACCUCCUCCUUUACCCCAGAACCUCCUUUAUACAGUUUCAGAACGACAGCCCAUGUACUCUCGUGAACAUGGUGCUGUUGCAUCUGAGCGACUUCAGUUGGGAACACCGCCUCCUCUGUUGGCAGCUCGUUUGGUGCCACCUCGAAACCUCAUGGGAUCCUCCAUUGGGUACCAUACCUCAGUCUCCAGCCCUACCCCUCUGGUCCCAGAUACGUAUGAACCAGAUGGUUAUAAUCCAGAAGCUCCUAGUAUUACCAGUUCUGGUAGAUCUCAGUACAGACAGUUCUUCUCAAGAACACAGACACAGCGCCCAAACCUGAUUGGCCUGACAUCUGGAGAUAUGGAUGCAAAUCCAAGAGCUGCUAACAUUGUCAUCCAGACUGAACCUCCAGUUCCUGUUUCAAUUAAUAGCAACAUAACCAGAGUAGUUCUUGAACCAGAUAGCCGAAAAAGAGCAGUGGGUGGUUUGGAAGGGCCACUCACAAAGAAACCUUGGCUGGGAAAGCAAGGGAAUAACAGUCAGAGUAAACCAGGAUUCUUGAGAAAGAAUCAGUAUACAAAUACCAAAUUAGAAGUCAAGAAAAUCCCUCAGGAAUUGAACAACAUCACCAAGCUCAAUGAACACUUCAGCAAAUUUGGAACUAUUGUGAACAUCCAGGUUGCUUUUAAGGGAGAUCCAGAAGCAGCCCUCAUCCAGUAUCUUACCAAUGAGGAGGCCAGGAAAGCCAUUUCCAGCACUGAAGCAGUUCUAAACAACCGAUUCAUCCGAGUCCUGUGGUAUAGAGAGAAUAAUGAGCAACCAGCACUACAGUCCCCAGCACAGCUGCUCCUGCAACAGCAGCAAACACUUAGUCACUUGUCACAGCAGCACCAUCACCUGCCUCAGCACCUUCAUCAGCAGUCUUCUCCCGCAACGGUACAUGGAGGUAUCCAGAAGAUGAUGAACAAACCACAGACACCAGGUGCAUAUGUUCUUAACAAAGUUCCUGUGAAACAUCGUCUUGGACAUGCAGCUACUAACCAGAGUGAUACAGCACACUUGUUGAAUCAGUCAGGUGGUGCUGGAGAGGAUUGCCAGAUGUUUCCAUCUUCAUGCCAUCAAAAAAUGAUUUAUAGCUCCUCAAACUUAAAGACUCCUUCAAAGCUUUGUUCAGGGUCUAAAUCUCAUGAUGUUCAAGAAGUUCUUAAAAAGAAGCAGGAAGCAAUGAAGCUACAACAAGAUAUGAGGAAAAAAAGGCAAGAAGUAUUAGAAAAACAAAUAGAAUGCCAGAAGAUGCUAAUAUCCAAGCUAGAAAAAAAUAAAAAUAUGAAACCAGAAGAGAGGGCAAAUAUAAUGAAGACUUUGAAAGAGCUUGGUGAAAAGAUCUCACAACUGAAAGAUGAGUUAAAAACAUCUUCUGCAGUCUCCACACCAUCUAAAGUGAAGACCAAAACAGAGGCUCAGAAAGAACUAUUAGAUACUGAAUUGGACCUUCACAAGAGGCUGUCCUCCGGAGAAGACACAACAGAAUUACGGAAAAAACUCAGUCAGUUACAGGUUGAGGCUGCACGAUUAGGUAUCUUACCAGUGGGUCGAGGAAAGACCAUGUCCUCCCAAGGUCGAGGAAGAGGCCGGGGUCGUGGAGGAAGAGGAAGGGGCUCACUAAAUCACAUGGUGGUGGACCACCGGCCCAAAACACUUUCAGUCGGGGGACUCAUUGAAGAGGAAAAAGAAGACUUACUUCAGCAUUUCUCAGCUGCAAACCAAGGGUCAAAAUUUAAAGACCGUCGGCUACAAAUAUCAUGGCACAAGGCCAAAGUGCCUUCUGUAUCCACUGAGACUGAGGAAGAAGAAGUUAAGGAGGAGGAAACAGAAACCUCAGAUUUGUUUUUGCCUGAUGAUGAUGACGAAGAUGAAGAUGAAUAUGAGUCUCGUUCAUGGCGAAGAUGAAAUCUGAAGCAAGCUGUAUAAUUUUUAGGAAUAUUGUUUAGAAGAACAACUUUUUAAAUUUAUUUAAAGAAGUCAAUGAGCCAAAAAAAUUUUUUAUUUUUCUUUUCAAAACAGUAGAUUUAAGGACAGCAAAUUUGCUAAUUAAAUACAUCUCAUAACUGUUCGUGGUAUUAAAGCACCAAAGGCCUAGUGACUUUUAUGCAGUUGUGAAGAUCCACAGAAAUGACAUGGAUAAUCUCUAGAGCCUUACUUUCCACACCAUCUGUUUUUGUUGCUAUUGGUGUUGGAUUAUGAUGUAAAUGACAGGGUGUUCAGAAAUCUUAUUUUGGAUUAUAAUCUGCUGAUAAAAUUUCAUUAAAUGUCAAAGUUGCCUGGAAUCUCUUAACUCUUAGCUAUUAUGGAAGGGUCGUCAGACAAUAGGAGACAUUUGUAAUUAAAAUACCCUUUUGCUUUCAAGAGUUCUCUUGGAAGAAAAGUAAAUUUAUUUUAUUUUUUACUGAGGAGGAGCCCAGUUUGUGUUCAGUCUAAAUUUUGAGGGGGUGGGGGUUAUGUGCACUAGUAAAUCCUAUUUUAGUGUGAACCGUAACAAACUCUGUGUUCUUAAAUGCUAUAAGGUAAUGAUAGCUAGUUCCAUAGUAUUUUCAUUCUGUCAUUAUAGUAACUCUCCUGGACUUCUGUUGCUGCUGAUCCUUAAUUUGCUUUGAAAUUAGUGAGCAUUGGUUCAUUUUUUUUUAACAUUUUCAGAAUAUAAAAUGUUUUCACCUAUUGCCCCUUUCUGUUCCCCAUAUUCUUUCUCCUACCUUUUUAUUAAUAGGCCUGACUUACCCGUUAUUGAGAUAAGUGAUUCUUUUAGGCCACCAAGAGUCAACCCCCAAUAAAAGUUUAAACCAGCACCUUGAUAAAUAAGUGUUUUGAUGAGAAUAAUGAAAGAAUUUAUGGGGGAGAGUCAGUCACAGCUUUUUUUUUUUUUUUUGAUGCUUUAGUUUAAUAGUUCAACAAAAGGGUUAAAAAAAUAUCUGAAAUUCUUUUCCUAAAUUUAAACCAUGGUGGUGAGGUGGUAAGGUUGGGGCUGGGGUAGGGUAGGGGGAUGGUGUGCUAGUAAUAAAUGGGAGUCAUAACUUGACUUUGAUCAGAUGACCUUAUUUUUUGAUAAUUUUGUAGCUUGUUGCUAUCCAUGAACAUAUGCAUCCUUCAAUAGACAGUUUCCUUCACUGUGUGCAUUCUUACUGUACACUAUAUAGAAUAUCUGUUGAGUAAAAUAUAUGUAAAUUUAUGUCCUUGUGUUCUGAAUGUUAGAUGGAAAAGCAGAGGAGCAACACUACACUGUAUUGACCCUUGGGGAAAUAAACGAUUAAUGUACAUAGGAUGUCACUUUUUCAAAGAUAUACACAUUUAUGUUUUUAUAUAUAUGUGAUGUGAAAAUUUGAAACUUCCUGUUGGCUCCAGAAGGUUCUUGGUGAUCACUAUAUCAACUAUUUUGUUUCUUGAGGUAAAGACUGUUUCUCAAAAUAGAAACUAUUCAUUAAGAAACUUAAAACCAUCAGGACUCUAGAUUUACUUAGCUACAAGAAGUUAAAUCUCACGUUCUGAUUAUCUUUUCUACUCAUUUUCCUGGAAUGAUGUGUCAAACCAGGAUCAUAUUUAUGUUCAUGUAACUUUCCCUUCAUAUUGUAAUAACAAGGACUUCCUCUUCCUAGGUGGUUGUUAUAUUUCCAAUAACACUGAAACUAAAAUAAGCUUAUAAAAGAAUGGAAAACGUUACAAUGGGGUACCUAGAAUAAGCAAUCUUGCUCCUUCCUCCUCCAUCAUCUCUAAUGAAAUUUUCUUGAUGUCUGUGGCUCAGUGGGUAUAUAUUUUGAAAGAUGCAUUGUGGUGAAUAUUUUGAGUCCUGACAGUUUAAAUGUGAUAGAGGGAACAAAGGAUUUAUAUAUUUUUUGUACAAAGUUUUUUCUUAAACUGUAUAAUUUUGUAAAUAAUUUGUUUGGUUUUUUUUUUGUGUGUGUGUGUGUGUACUAAAACUACCAGCGUAUAGAUUUCAAUAAGAAUUGUUGUAUUUUUGUAUUUGGAAACUGAAAAUUGCAGUAAAUUAAUGGAGCUGUAAGAAAAUUUUCAGUAGACUGACAGUUCAACAGAAUGAGAUUCCUUUUCAUGUGAUUUUUUUAACCUCAAAAUUGACAUCUUACUACACUCUGUAUGGGGAAAAUUGAGGGUUUGUUUGCCUUUUUAGUUCUUGGGGGAGCGGGGGUGGAAGAGAAGAAUGUUCAAGUGAAGAAUAGAUACUUUCCUAGUAAUAUUUGAGACCCUUUGUAUAAAACUUUUUCAAUAUACUUAUAUAGUACUGAAAUACUUUUAAAAUGUUACAAGAAUUCUAAAACAUCUUUGACUCUUAAAAAUGAAUUCAAAAUAUGUGUUAAAUGUAAUAUUUAAAAAAGUUAAUGUUAGCAUAAGAUAGUUGAACAUAUAUAUUUUUUUCCUUUAGGAUUUUGGAUUCCCAACUCAAGUCCCCAACUGUUAGUAUUUCUCCUAAAAAUGACCAUGACUUUUUUUUUUUUUUUUUUGCGUCUUCAGUUGCAGAGAUAACAUAUACCAUCCGAGGCAACCUCUAUUCUUUUUAAUGUGUAUGACAUGACAUCUUUCUAAGUAGGUGAUGACCAGUCUGCCUAGACCAGCCAGCCUGAUUUACUAAUGGAUUGCUGCCCAAGCUUAAAAAGGGAACCCCAGGGAAUGCAGAAUUUCCCUCAAUUUCUUCAGGUUGUAUCAGUGAAAUAAUGUCACUAGCUAAGAUGAUAAAUCGGAAAACAGUCUUGUUAGAGUGAAAAGGUCCUAGUGACGAAUCAUUUUUGCAAAAAGAAGGGGGAAAAAAUCAUGUGAAAAGGAAUAGUGGUUCCUCUUUAUGUAUAGUAUGCCUGUAUUAUAGUUUUUAUCAAAUUGUGAACUUGUGUAAUAGUAUAAUAGGAGAUAUUGUUGAAUUUCUAACUGUUUAUACAUUUAAAUUCAUAUAUGUAAUGUUUGUUUUAUCAAUUACAAUCUGAAUUUCUAAGCAUGUUGACUUUUGCAAUAAAGAUGCAAUAUGGAAUGGUUCACGAUUGGAAAAAAAGAAAAGAAAAAAGAUAAAAGUAUUAUGAAUUUAAAAGAAUUUGGAAAAUUUAUGAACCAUUCCAAAAAUUAUAAUAAUCACCAAAAGAGCUGUAAUUCUGGCUUGUUCUGGAAAGAAAGAAAAUGUGUGUGUAUGCUUGCUUGUGUGUGAGCAUGAGUGAGUAGUGGAUAUAUGUGUGUGUGUGUUUUAUGUUGAGUUUGUAUACAUGAAAGAAUGCCACUCUGAAUUUGGGCACUGAAGUCUCCAGCUAUGAAAUGUUCAGUAGAGUAACUCCCUCAAUAGGGUGGUCUUGGAAAUGAAAGAGAAAGGGAUUAGAAGUAUUACUUGUGAGUGAGCUUUGAUAGCCAUAUUUCUUUGUUCAGGAUGGGUCUUGGUAUCCCAGAUAUAAAGCACAAGAAAUUUUAUGAAAGCCAUUGUUAUCUUGAGGAUAUUCAAGAUGCCUGCCAACAAUAUGGGAAAAAUGUUUUUUUGAAGCAGAAUAGAGAGAGAAGAAAGAACAUGUUGAAGAGGUGACCUCUGGUGGAGACUUGUAAGGAAUGACAGAAGGAAGCUAAGGACUGGGAGGUGAUGAGAAACAGAAGUUUAUUGCUUGGGCUUGUAGUUUCUCGUUUUAAAAAUUGGCUUCUUACAGAACUUCCCUUUAAAUAUUCAUUGUCUAAGAAGAGUCAUUUUGAAGGUCUCAGCUUAUCCAGGAAAAUAACUAAAGAAUGGGAAUAAAUUUCAUUUUCAGUCUUUUCAAAUAAACAGAUUGCAUCUGUAUUUUAUGAAUUAGGUAAAUAGUAAAUAAGCUGUGUGACCAUUUGUUUUGAAUAGAUGAUAAUUCUAUAUAUGUUUAUAAUAGUUCUGGGAAUUUUAGCAGGGACAAACAAUUCUACACAUGGUUAUAUCUAUGUAAUAGUCAAAUGUUUUACUAAAAUAGAUCAUUAAAAUUACUGGUUUUGUGUGGGUUUUUUUAAACUAACUUUCAUGUAAAUUAUUCUAAAGCUAAGGGUAAAUUUUGAAUCAUGAGCCUCAGUAUACUACCUAGUCUGGAUUUAAUUAUGUUCCAGUAUCAGUAAAUGGAAGAUAGGAGCAUUUAUGUCAACACUUGGGAUCGUUUUAGAUGGCAGAGUCAGGGUUGCUUAUACCAGCACAUGUGCCAUUUUUGAGGGGGCCAGUGACCACCAAUUCAAAACUAAGGCUAUCAGCUGCUGGUGCAUGUGUUAUGAAUCACCUUCAUUUAUGCUCAACUGAUUUUUUGCAGCCAAGUGAUCUCUUUUCUACAGGAUCAUCUACCAUUUGGUUUCGUACCUGGUUCUGCAAUCAACCUUAGGUUAACUAAACCAUCCCUGCAUUCUGAUAGGUGACUUGAUACAGGUAAAAUUAAGGUCAGAAUAGUGUUUGGGGACUGUUGCAAGGUAUUUGCAGUUUGGGUGUACACUUUUUUUAGGCUACCUCUGCAGACUUUAUUUGUUUUUGACAGUGGUGGUCAUUGAGCAUGAUAAACAUUGCUGAAGGCCCUAUCUAAUCCCAGAGCCCAUUAGCUUGUUGUCCAUGAACUAAGCCUGUGUUUCCUAUAUCACUUCAUAUAAUUCUCAUAGUUUGAUAUAGUGGUCUAUUAGUAAUUAAAAUGAUAUAGUUAUUUUUUAUAUAGGGCUACUGGUUUAGUAUUUGAUUGCUCAAAAUUGUUGUUUACUUUAUGUUUUGUCAGGGUGUCAAGGUUGGAAACAAGCCGCCUUAGUUGCCCAGGCCUGUUCCUGUUAAAAACUUCAUAAAAGUGAAUGUCUUGUUAACAGUUUUGUAAAGUCCUUGUGAUUCCAUCUUUUCUAAGUUUGCCCCAGAGGGCUAUUAGUGUGAGAUACUGAUAUAUUUCUCCCAAUUUGAAGUUAAAUUAGAUAAUGACUAAUAGAGGCCUUGCCCAAUUCUUUUGGUUUCUUGAGGAUGAUUUGGCCUCAAGGUUGAGGCUGUGCACGUGAUUAGUUUGAGCUUUUAGACUUAACACUGCCUGUUUAUUUGUGUAAACAUUUGUUCCUGUGUAAACUGUUGAGUCCUGGUUCUGGAACCACCCUCCAACAAAAGGUUUGUUUAUUGUAGGAUUCAAGUUUUUAACACUUAGAGCCUGUAGGGGGCUCUAGGAGGCAAAAUAUAGUCAGCCUUAGAGCAGUGACCAUCUUUGAGAGCAACUCAGUGGAAAAUAUUUUUCAUUGCAAUCCAACAUACACAUACACCCCCAAACAAAAGCCUACCAAACAGGCCCUGGCUGGCAUAGCUCAGUGGAUUGAGCUCGGGCCUGCGAACCACACGAUUGCAGUUUGAUUCCCAGUCAGGGCACGUGCCUGGGUUGCAGGCCAGUUCCUGGCAGGGGACUCAUGAGAGGCAACCACACAUUGAUGUUUCUCUCCUCCCCUUCCUCUCUAAAGCUAAAUAAAUAAAAUAUUUAAAAAAUAAUAUUAAAAAAUAAAAACAAGUAUAUAUAUAUAUAUAUAUUUUAAAAAGCUUACUAAACAAUACCCUGACUACUCAGUAUGCACCUGAAAUACUUUAUUCUUGUCAGGACCCACUGUUUGGCUUUCAGAAUUUCAGGUUAAAAAACAUUAGCUUAUUGAGGUACAGGGUGAAUUAGCAUUUUAAAUCAUCUCUUCUUUGCUGUGUUAUUCUACUCAAAAUACUAUUUUGAGUAUGAAAUGAUACAAUUUAACAUUCUGUAUUUUGCUUGGAAAAGUAGUCUACAGUCUGAAAUUAAAGGUGGAAAUGUAAACAUCAAUGUCUGUUUGAUGUUCUUGAACCUGAAGUUACUCUCUAGAUUUUUAAUUUUUAAGAUGGACAACUGUGAGUGACUUAACUUGCCUGCACUUUUAUAUUUUUGUCAUUAUUUGACCUGGGAAGGGAGUAGAAUACUGGUAUAUUGGUGCUACCUUUUACGAUAUUCACAUCACUUUCUAGAAAUUCUUUAUAAAAAAAAAAAGACCUAUUUGUGAAGUCCAUAUACCUAUAGCUCUUUAGUGUCUGAAUCAAUAAAAGACUAUUUGGUAUUGAGUUUUGCAUUUAGAGUCACCUUAGCUAUCAGCCAUCAGUGUAUGCCAAGCUUGAUAUCUCUGUGAGAAAAUUGUAUACAUUCCAGCCUUGUGCCAUUACAUGUCACCAUUUUAAAACAUUCUCUCCUAGGUUUAUGAGAAAUAGGAGAUAUUGAUAGAUCCCUAUAUAAAAUAUGAUGAUGUAAUUCUUGCCACUUUCCUUAGGCAUGUCAUUUUUAUCUUUACAUGUCUGAGCUUUUCUAGUUUGUAAAAUAUAAAGGGGAAAAAUGUGAAGAGAUUAAGAAUGUGUUGACCAGAAUGUUGCUGUAUCUUCAGAAAUCCACAGAAGGAGAACCAUUAAGUGCAAAGUAAUGAAAUCAGCCCUAAUCAUUGAAGUGUAAGUUAUUUGUACAUUUCAGAAUUUGUCCUCUCUGUAUAUUCCUUUUGGGAUUCCUUAAGCAAUAAAACCUGACUUUCCUGUAAUACCUUGGUGCUGAGUAGAUAUUUUCAACUUAUGUGGUUGAUAAAAUUUUAAACUGUUCACUUAAAAAAUACCUGGCAUAUAGGAGUGGAUCAAUAGUUUUCCUGCAUCCACCCUGUGUUGGUAGCAGCCCUUGGAAGAUGCUCUUACUUUCCUUGUUCAGCUUUGAACUUGGUUUAAGAGAGAUUAAGUGCUACCCUGGAGGUCUCACAGCCUGUCAUGGUAGGAGUAGGAUUUGAACAGAUCUGACUCCAGAAUGCAUGCUCUUAACCUCUGUGCUCUGCUGCUAAUAAAAUGGAGUAUUGCAAGUCUGUGGAAUAUCACUGGUCUUUCUUAUUAGUGUCUGUCAAACACUGCCAUUCUGGUCCCAUCUAUGUCAUCUGCCUUGGAUUGGCACCAUGCUCCCAUGGGGAGCAGCAACAAUAUGCUUUUAGGUAGCAUAUUGGAAACCAUAGCAAACUUUAUAUAUGCUAAUUUGUGGGGAAACAUUUUAAAGUAAUUUUCGGUGACCUCCAUAAGGUACAGCCAGCCAAUUUGAUACAUUUUACAGUAAUUUGGCUAUAUCAUAACAUGUUUAUUUUAUUUUCAAUUUUAUCUUAAAUAAUUUCCUGUGGCAAACCAAAUUAUGAUAAUCUUGCAGUAUUUCUAUCUUGUUUCUUUGUGUUUUUCAAUAUUUCUGGUGCCUUCUUUUAACCUUGGCAUUAAAAAAAUCAUGUUGUACAUAAAUAAGUUACAUGCUUCAAUUUAAUGAUGUUUUUCAUAUAGUAUACUGAAUUUCCUAGACAGAAAGUGCUGAGAAUAGCAGUGUUCAU